UAAUUUAAAGCCACCACCAUAAUCAUCACUGAAGCCUAAACAUACUCUCUCAAAUGGCGGCCGUUACUUCUACUCUCUCCCUCUCUUCCACCAAGUCUCAGAGACUCUUCGACUCCUCUUUCCAUGGCUCAUCCAUCUCCUCCUCGCCUGUCUCCGUCGGUCUCAAACCACGAUCUGUCUCCACCGUAUCCGUUCGCGCCACAGCUGGUUACGAUCUCAACGCCUUCACUUUCGCUCCGAUCAAGGAAUCGAUCGUGUCUCGCGAGAUGACGAGGAGGUACAUGACGGAUAUGAUCACUUACGCCGAGACUGAUGUUGUCGUCGUUGGCGCUGGCUCCGCUGGUUUAUCAUGCGCUUACGAGAUCAGCAAGAACCCUAACGUUCAGGUCGCAAUCAUCGAACAAUCUGUCAGUCCCGGCGGUGGCGCGUGGCUCGGUGGUCAGCUUUUCUCCGCCAUGAUAGUGCGCAAACCAGCUCACUUGUUCCUCGACGAGAUUGGUGUACCGUACGAUGAGCAAGACAACUAUGUCGUGAUCAAGCACGCUGCUCUCUUCACGUCCACCAUCAUGAGCAAGCUUUUGGCUCGUCCCAACGUCAAGCUCUUCAACGCCGUCGCCGCCGAGGAUCUGAUUGUGAAAGGAAACAGAGUAGGUGGUGUGGUGACUAACUGGGCUCUCGUCUCGAUGAACCACGACACACAGUCUUGCAUGGAUCCUAACGUCAUGGAGGCCAAGAUUGUUGUCAGCUCGUGUGGUCACGACGGUCCUUUUGGAGCCACCGGUGUGAAGAGGUUGAAGAGCAUUGGGUUGAUCGAUCAUGUUCCUGGGAUGAAAGCGCUUGACAUGAACACGGCUGAAGAUGCGAUUGUGAGAUUGACUCGAGAGGUUGUUCCCGGUAUGAUCGUGACCGGUAUGGAAGUUGCAGAGAUCGAUGGCGCACCAAGAAUGGGACCAACGUUCGGAGCUAUGAUGAUAUCAGGACAGAAGGCGGGACAUCUCGCUUUGAAAGCUUUGGGACAGCCUAAUGCUUUGGAUGGAACCUAUGUCGGAGACCUAAGCCCGGAGCUGGUGUUAGCCGUUGCUGAUUCAGUUGAAACCGUAGAUGCUUAAGGACAAGGCAUUUUAAAGUAAGAAAAAGUUCCUUGAUUCUUCUGAUGUGGAAGGAAUUGCAAUAAAGGAGGAGUUUUAGGUGUUUUAAAAUCUUAUUUAUGUUUUUUUAACUUUCUGGUGUCUUUGUUUCUUUUGUAAUGAAAAUGUUUAUUUGGUAUCAAAUUGCGUUAAUUAUGUUCA